GUCUUUUCGAAAUACCUCUCAUUUUUGUCCGUGAAGCUAACCCCUUGUAUCUCUGUAAUCCUUUGUCACUUCCCGGUACAUACCCAGUUACAUCGUAAUACUACCGGCACACUUGACUGCCCAGCAAAGAUGGCUGGCAGUCUUCGGCUUCUCAGUUUGGACGGAGGAGGCGUACGUGGUUUGGCCUCACUUUACAUGCUGAGAAAGAUAUUGUCCUUUGUUGGGAGUCCAAAACCAUGCGACUACUUCGACAUGAUCUGCGGCACGAGUACAGGAGGCUUAAUUGCCAUCAUGCUAGGACGACUUGAAAUGACAGUUGAUCAGUGUAUUGAAGCAUAUAUUCGCCUAAUGGACGUUGUUUUCGAUCCAAAAUACAAGAAAACACUGCCUUUCAAAGUACGCAAUGGUAAAGUCCAGCCGCGAUAUAAGACCGAAGAAUUGGAACAGGCCAUCAAGCAGGUCGUCACCAAUGCUGGGGGGACAUCAGAUGAUCGCUUUCGAGGAGCAAAGAGGUCAGCCUGCAAGACCGUCGUGAUUGCUCUCACAGCAGAAAGCGCAAUACCAAUACGCUUCACGGACUAUAAAAAGGACGGUGAACAUUCGAACUUCUAUAAUGAGGUCCGAAUAUGGGAAGUCGCCCGGGCAACUUCUGCAGCAACGUCGUUCUUCGCGCCGAUGAAGAUCAAUCACGCUGGCGAACCGCGUUGCUUCGUCGACGCAGGUCUCGGCCACAACAACCCCAUCGAAGAAAUUUAUCUCGAGGCAAAAGAACAACUCGGCAAGCCUGAAAUCCCGUUCGACAACCAAAUCCGCAUACUCGUUUCAAUCGGCACAGGAAGACCAGCACUCCAAGACUUUGGAAAGAGCAUCACCGAAGUCGCAAAAAGCAUUAUACAAAUCGCCUCGGAGACCCAAAAAACAGCAAACAAAUUCUACGAAAUGCACCAAGAGCUCGCAGAUCGAGACGGCUACUUCCGCCUCAACCCUCCGGAUCUCUCUGAAGUCCUCCUUGACGAAGCAAGCAAGAAAAAUAUUAUCGCCUCGCGCUCCGAAGCCUAUGGCAAUGACCCUGAAACAAAGAACAUGGUACGCCGCUGGGUAGCCGCUGCAGGAAACGAGCAAAAUAUUCAUCGAACGCCCGCAGUGCCGCAGCCGCAUUUAAGGUCUCCAGAGACAAAGCGAUUCUACUCACUGUACAAGGGACCAAUGUACAUGAAUCCAGAGGCGCAGUCGUAUUGGCAACAUCUCACCCUAGAUUCGUACUACGUGUAUGAACUCAUAUUUCAAGAUUGUAACCCCAUUGAUGGGAAAGUAACGCUGGAAUCUUUCCUCAAACAAUUCGGACCAAACCCCUCUCCCUCUCCCAGCCACAUCGCAGAAACCUGGUCGCGCCUCCUGCGCGACAAGCGCAACGUGCGCGAGUCCACGCACCGCAAGCCGUUCGUCAUGGCAGUGCUAUACAUGCUGCACGUCGAGAUAAUUCUCGAGCUGUCGAAGAAGGAAGUCGAUGUGGAUCAGCGCGAGAAACUGAAGCGGUUUGAUAAGUGGGUGGCGUGCCAGUGCCGGCAACUGUGUUGCCGCAAGUGGAAUUUCGUAAAUGAGAUUGGGUUAUCGAAGGGUGGGGAUGAUCGGGUUAAAUGCGACUUUCCGGGAUUGAUUAAGAAGAGGGAGCAUUGGACUGUGGCGUUUAAGACGGAUCAGACCAAGAGGUUGAAGGCUACGAGGGAUAUGUGGUUGGCGAAGGUGUGACGGGUUGGGUGCAGUAGGAGAUGUUUUGUGAGCUUUCGUCAAGAUGCUUUCUGCCUAUCGUUUAAUGAGUUCUCAUAUGCUAUGGAAGACAAGGAAGGCAAAUCGAAAUUCACGUAGUAGUUCAUGGAAAGAUUAGACGCUAGCAACAAUAUACAACAGAACCUCAAUUAC